AUGGGUAAUAAAAAGUUGGCUGUUGGCAUCUCUAUGCUCAUGUUGUCCGGCAUGCUCAUCGGUGUAUACGUCGUCUACCACAAGAAGAACACAUCCUCGCCCUCGUUGGAAGACUCCAAUCAAAAAUCGGCGUCUUCCAAGGCUGUCGAGGCCAUAUGUAAACCCACCGAUUACAAGGAGACGUGCCAAACCACAUUGUCGAAUGCAGCGGGUAACAUCACAAAUCCCAAAGACCUAAUUAGGAUUGCAUUCAACGUUGCCAUUCAACAAGUUGGAGACGCCUUGAAUAACAUGACCGUCCUCAAGGAUGCCGAGGCUGAUCCCCGUACCAAAAUUGCCUAUGAAAACUGCCACCAGCUUCUACAAGAUUCCGAGGAGGAUCUUCGUCAUACGGUUCACAGGUUCGAUACUUUUGACCUUGAGAACCUCGAUGACUACCUUGCCGACAUCAAGACAUGGCUUAGUGGGGCUCUAACCUUCCAAGGUACAUGCCUUGACGGUUUCGAGAACACCACUGGGGAUGCAAGUGAGAAGAUGAAACAACUUCUCAAGGUCUCAGGUGAGCUUACCAGGAACGGAUUGGCCAUGGUCGACGAGUUCUCAAAGAGUUUGACAACCCUAGAUAUCAACUCCUUCACCGGACGAAAACUUCUAGCAUCAGACGGCAUGCCUGCAUGGGUUGACGCCGGAAAAAGAAGGUUGCUUCAUGCAUCCAAUAUUUCUAUUUCCUUCCCCACCCCUGCAUACAACCUUACCGGCACACUCACACCCAAUGUGGUCGUGGCAAAAGAUGGUUCCGGUGAUUGCAAAACAAUCACGGAAGCAUUGGCUAAGGUGCCGAAGAAGAAUAAGAAACCGUUUGUUAUCUUCAUCAAGGCCGGUGUUUACAAUGAGUAUGUCAUGGUCACCAAGAAGAUGAGCAAUGUUGUGUUGUUGGGAGAGGGUCCUAACAUGACGAGGAUCACCGGAAACAAGAACGUCGUCGACGGAACCCCAACCUUCAAUUCGGCUACCUUUACUGUGCAAGCAAACCACUUCUUCGCCAGGGGAAUCGGAUUCGAAAACUCCGCCGGAGCUGCUAAGCAUCAGGCGGUGGCAGUUCGUGUGACCAGCGACAUGGCCAUGUUCUACCAAUGUAACUUCGACGGUUAUCAAGACACCCUCUACGCGCACGCCCAUCGUCAGUUCUACCGCGAGUGCCAAAUCUCAGGAACCAUCGACUUCAUCUUCGGUGAUGCCAGCGCUGUAUUCCAAAACUGUACCAUGAUAGUGAGGAAGCCACUUGAAAACCAGGCUUGCAUGGUAACAGCACAGGGUCGUGAUGAGAGGCGUGAGAACACCGGUCUUGUCCUCCAACACUGCAAUAUCAUCCCAUCCCCGGAACUGAAGGCCUCGAUUGAGCCCGUAAUGGUCUAUCUAGGUAGACCAUGGAAGCUAUUCUCUAGGACAAUCAUUCUUAAUUCCAACAUUGACGGAAUUGUUGCACCUCAAGGAUGGGCUCCAUGGGCAGGCAGCUUUGGACUCGAAACAAGCUUCUACGCGGAGCUUGGGAAUACUGGUGCAGGUGCUAGCACAAGCAAAAGGGUGACUUGGGGAGGAAUCAAGAAGAUAAAUGCCCUAGAAGCUAGUGACUUUUGUGCAAGCAAUUUCAUUAGAGGAAAUCUAUGGGUUAAGCCAACCGGAUUACCCUAUGACUCAAACAUAUAAU